CCUCCACGAGUCCCGACCUGACAAGCAAUUUCUCAUGUUCAAGCCGUCUCUAAUUCUCGCCCUGACUGUUGCCGCCCUGGUGGUUUUGGCCGACGCUGCACUUGCCGCCGUGCCACUCGGUGGCGAGUGUGACAUCACCGUCGCAUGUGAAGAGGGAACAUACUGCGACGUGCACGACGAUGGAACAUCUAUCUGUACCGCGCUGGGCCAAAUCAAGUAAGUUCAGCCAGAACAACCGGGUCAAAAAAUAGUUGGCCUGUUCAGGGUUCAGGUGUGGGCAAUCGACAUCUACCCGAACAAGUAAAGACCUUAGUGUCUGAUUCAACGUCAAUAAUACAACAGCAAACAACAAUCCUGCAGAAUUUGCUUACAUUCGCA